CAUCGGGCAGGUUUUCUUGAGCAGAUUUCUGAACCCGAACUUCGAAACAAAAAAAUCAUAAAAUCAUUUUUAUUAUAAAUAUUUUCAAUACAAUUUAAUUUAAUAAUCAAAAAAUCUACUUAAUAAAAAGUUUACAAAAUAAAUUUGUAAUGUAUUGAAAUCCCAACAUCACAAAAUCUGUAAAAUAUUUUAUACACAAAACAAAAAAAAAUAAGAAAAAUACAGAAAAAUGACUGCAACGCGUUUGACGCGCUCCGGUCGUAGUCGAUUUCUAAUCGGAUUAGGCCUCAUUAUUCUAAUGUUUGGAUUCGUUGCAAUAUUCCACAGUUCACAGACCCAAUUAGAUGAAUCCAGACAGCAGCUAAUUCGAUGUGAACAACAACAAGAGGCUUUAAACGCUCGCAUGCAAGCAAUAAUUGAACAUAAAUUCCGUCUGGAACGGAGUCUCGAAGCCGAACGUAAAGAACACCUCGAGACACGUCAAAGCUUUGAGCAAAGAGCCAAAGAGCAAACUGAACAAAAUGCAAAAGCUAAGAUGACACACAAUUUGCAUUAUGACAGUUUGAAUCAAAGGUAUAAACUGCUGCAGAAAGAACAUGGUGAUUUGGUGGAAGAUUGUUCGAAAACAAAGAAAUCACAUUUGGAAGUUGUUAAUAGUUUGGAUACGAAGGUGAAAUCAUUGCAAUCGCAAUUGCAACAAGUUCGAAGUUUAAAUGAUAAGGAUCUGGAGGAAUUAAAGACAAAGUAUGAUACCGUGGUGCAAGAAAAAGACCGUUUGGAAAUUCUUCUACAGUCAACAUCACUUAGUGCCGAAAACCACAAAAAGAAAAUCGCCAAGUUAACGGACACAAUCAAGGAGUACAAAAACAAUUGCGACUACAAGCCAAAAACCGAUAUUGACUCUCUGAGCGAUCAAACACUACCAUCUCCAAAAACUGGAAACCAUCAUCAAAUUAUACCCAACCAUCCACUGGACAAGCCUCUCGUUCAAAAGUCAUUUAAAGAACAACAAUUAGUGAGUCCCGAUUUGUACAAAGUAUCUAUUAAACUUACUAACACCACUCAACCAAGUGCUUCAUAUCUGUCUACUCAAAAGUCUCUCGCCCAACCUGCUGAUAUGGGUGAAGCUCGAAAAGAUCACCCAAUCGACAAAUAUAAAAAUGCCAUAAUUAAUUCUGUUGAAAACUUUCAGAUGAUUCCCAAGCCAUUGGCCAGUUCUGAGGACAAAAGUAAACUAGCAGCUGAGAAUGUACAACAAAUGCCACCAAUCAACUCGACAGCAAAAUCAUCAACAGUAGCUGGUUCUGCGGUAAAUGGUGUAGAAGCUGGAGGCACUCAUGAUGGAAAUCGACAUGCUCUGUCUGUAGCAAACCAGCCCAGCACAUCUACAGCAAUCAAAGCCAAGCGAUCGAGUACUGCAAAAGAACUUCCGAAUUCGCCGCACAAACCGCCAAAACAUAUUCCGCUGGGUGUAGCUCCGAUUCCGGAAAAUUUUGAGUAUUUGCUUAGUAAUAAUCACAAUGAUGAACAGCAGCAAGGUGGAAGUAAGUUAGCAAAUCUUCAACAAGGAGAAAAUGAUAAUAAGCAAGACACAGACAACAAUCGUUAUGUGAAUGUUGUUGAUGAAUUGAUUGGAAAGAAUAAUGAAGGUGGUGAGCAAGAUACAGGAGCACAUGAAGUAAAAGACAACGACUUCAAUGCGGAUAAGAACGAUGAAAAUGUAAAUAAUGGCGCAGAAGAGGAUAACAAUUUCUUUGAAGCAAAAAUAGCUCAAAAAGAUAAUGAAGAUCAUGGCGAUGCGGGAGAUGAUAUAGAAGUUUUUGGUAUGGGUGGACACAAACAGAAUCACAAAGACCAAGAUGAUGAUAUGGCGCCGGUAGCAAAUGCUUUGUUGGAUGGAGAUAAUCUUAAUAAUGAGGUAGCUGGCGAUCAAGGAAAAGAACAGUUUGCUGAUGGAUUGCACAUAGAUGAGGGAAAUGAAGAAGAAGAAGAUGAGGAUGAUUACUCAAACCCUGCGGCACGACAACAAGAAGGACCAGCGAUUCGUAACUAAUCAGUAAAUGUCCAGAAAAAAAGGAUAAGCCCUUAAUAAAAUUGUUGAUGCUAUUGCUGUUGUGUCAUUAAACGUUGGAUCACAUUCAGAGAUACGGUUUGCUGUAAAGAUACACAACAGUUAAACUAUGAAACUUAAUAUUUUCUAUACACCUAGAUAUAAUUUUCAAAGCUCCAACGUAUUUAAAAAAAAAUUAUUGCAAUUUUACAGAAAAAAAAUCAAAAAAAAACUUUUUUUGAUCUGAAAAGAAAAGGUAUGAAACUUAAUUCAGACCUUUGCAGAUCUCAAACAUAAGUUUUAUUGUAUAAAAAAAUGUAUUUUAUAUUUUGUAAAAAAAAAUACGAAAAUUUAAUAAUAAUAACAAACUCAUGCGAAAAAUCCACAUACACACACACAUGCCCACUUAAACCUACCAUCCAUUAUAUGCUUUCGAUUUUUUCUGUGAUAAUUACUUCCGGUUAUAUUCAAAUAAUGUAUUCAUUGAACAUAAUUUUUACCUACUUAUGAGAAAUAUAAAUUAAAUAAAUUCAACACAAUCACACAAACACAUAUAUAAAGUAGCUAUAAUUUCUUAAAAUUAUUAAGCUCAAUUAAUCUAGUUUUGUGUUAGUCCGAAUUUUCAAAGCAAUAACUAUAAAAUAGGUGCCUUUCAAGGGAUUGUAUGUGUUUAUCGAAGCUUCCUUAUAUUUAAAUAAUUUGAGCAUAAAUGUUUGGUCCUAGUGAUAUCUCAAAAAAAAAGAAAGAAAAA